CGGGCAGUUGCCAACAGUCCGGCAACGACGUGUCCCGCGUCCCCACCGUACCGGCGCCACCUCCCCUGCCGCCCCGCCCGCCCGCCCACGCAUCGCCCCUUUUCUCCACACGCCACGCCGGCCGGACACCCCGCUGCCCAUCCUCGCCCUCCUUCGUCUCAUCUCUAUCAACUCCCUUCCGGACUCCUGCUCGAGCGCGCGCAAUGGCAUCCGCGGAGGGCGGCAUUGACGGAGCCGCGGCGGGGACGACCAAGAAGAAGAAGAGAAUCUCCGACUGCCUCGCCGACAGCGACGACGGAGAGGACGCACCGGCGGUGGACGUUACCCCGCCCUCGCCGCCUUCCCCUGGGACGCCGCGGCUGCGCAUCCCGAUGUUCACCUGCGCGAGGCUCCGGUUCGGCAGGAAAGGCGGCCGGAGACGGAAGGAGCCCGUCGUCGUCGCCGAGAAGAGCGAGGCCGUGUCGACGGAUUCCUCAGCGUGCGUAAGGGUGGGAUGGAAGCAGGAGAGCAAUGGCGGCGCGUCGUCAACGGAAGCGACCGUCGGCAUGGGGCUGAGCCUGCUGUUCCUCCUCGCCAAGACCUGCGUGGAGCUCAACAAGAUGGCCGAGGUGCGCGCGCGGAUGGAGGCGCUCCUGGAGGAGAUGCGGGGCCUGAAGCUGGCCAGGACGGCGAAGAUCAGCGCCGACAGUCACGCCGCCUCGCCGGGAAGUAUUCACGACCCUCCGCCGUCCACGACGACGGCUGCCUCGCUGUGCCGGUGCCGCGCCUCGGCCCAUGCGCGCGCGGACGGCGCCGCUUCCUCGUCUUCUCCGGAAUUGUCUCUUCCUCCUCGACGUUUGCAUGAGCGGAGAGACGACUCGUUCUACGCGCUGACAGGCAACCCGCUGUUCGACGUCGACCGCGCCGCCGCUUCCACGUCUGGCAUGGAGACGGCGAGCGGCGAGAGCGGGACGUCGUCAGAAAUGGAGGACUCUAUGAGCAUGACCGUGGAUGUAGCCGGGGCGCAGUUCUUCCAGCUCAACAACUACAACACCGAGCAGGAAUCACCCGAGUCAUCGUCGUCGGACGGCGACUCGUUCAUCGAGCUCGAUGGGGGAUUCGGCGCCGGCGCCGGCGUCGGCAGUAGCGCGAGGCGGAGGCGAGACUCGGAGGACGAAGAGCGCGGCAGCGACGGGGGAGUGUCGGCGCUGGAGCUGGAGAGGCGGCUGCAGGAGGUGCUGCACCGGAGGAGCCGGGAGCGGAUCGAGGAGCUGGAGGCGUCGCUGCGGCGCGCGGAGAGGAAGCUGAUGGAGAAGGACAUGGAGGCGCGGCUGUGGAAGGACACGGCGAAGCUCGCGCUGCAGCCGCCGUCGCAGCAGCAGCACACGGGGCAGUGACUUUCUUGCAGAGACCAAUAUUCGUUGACAUAUAUACUUCAUGGUACAGGGAAGGAAAGGGUGAAUCUAUACAUACGGGUACACCAAACUGAAUCUGAACUUUUUGCUAGAUUUCGGCUGUAUAGAGUUUUGUGAAUCGCAGUGAUCUAGUAGUCACUAAAUAUGCACAUGCAUGUAUCGGCAAGAAAAAAAUACCGGAAAUGCAGUCAUUAGAAUA